AUGCAGAUUGUUUUCUCCGAUGGCAAACUUCAAUCAACAGCUCAAGACUUAAUUACAAUUAACAACUCACUUCUUGACUUGAUUUGCUUCUUAUUGACUAAGGAUAUUGAUUGCAAUUCCAUUACAGAGUCAUUGGGACUCUUCUUCUUCCAUAAUCUUUCAGAUCUUGGAAAUGAAGAAAUCGUACGAUUCGUUUACACAUUCCUUCGAACUAUAUCUAAGGUCAGACCCAUAAUUGCACAUCCAAUGUCUGCUACACGAGUUCAAUGGAUUUUCUUAUCUCCAUUAUCUCUUUCUAAGCACUUCUUGAUCAACAUGACUAACAACAUGAAACCAUUAUCAACGAACGCUAUGUAUUCACCUUAUUCUAAACUUACAUCACAAUUUUUGUUGUCGACACAACAAUGUUUUGGCGGUCGUGAUCCAGACACAUUUGCACUUUGUGCAGGCUUUUUAGCUCGAUUGUUAUCUAACUUAGAUGAGAUUUGUUAUAGUAUUCGACAACGAAUCGCAUUUGCUUUAUUCCCUCUUAUUGAUUUAUGUUCUAAUCAUUUUGAAUCCCCAUUAUUUAUGUCUAACAAACGAAUGCAAAUUGCAUUGAUUCCAUUUGUUUUAUUCUUAAUCAAGAACAGUGAACAGAAGCAGUUAUUAUCAUUCUUCCAUUCAUUAUCUAUCUCAUUCAAGUGUCAUUUCAUUUCAUUCCUUAAAUUGA